AUGCGUUCUCGAUAUCACCGCAGAUCCAAUAUCAGCCUCGCAGCGGUGUACUUCCUAUUCAUGAUUGCCCUCGUAUCAGCUGCGUUCGCAGCAGCCGUUCCUACUUCGAGUCCUCAGUCAGAUUCAGUGACGAGUUAUCCUCAACAACAUAAAUCUCGCGCCGACGAUUCCCAUCAUUCCGAAGCACAAAAUCCCAUCGCCUCCUCCUCGACGGCUGAAAACACGCAUGACUGGUCGAAAAUGACCAAAACAGACAUCAUGAACGCAAUAAAAGCGCAAAAGAUCGAUAUUGUGUUUCAAUACCCAGAAAAGAAUCGUCCGCCGAUUGUAUCACUCAGUUUACAGGCGAACGUCCAGAGAGGAAGCCUUCUUUUGGUAAAAGCAGCGAUGGAGGCUUUGGGGAUUGAUAUAAAGCCUUCAUUCAGCAUUAACUACUCAGGGUUUGUUUCGAAGCCACGGUCAAUUGAAGACCGGUUCAAGGUCUGGUUUUUAAAGAAAGAAGAUGGUGGUGGGGGUCUGGAUAAAUUGAUAGAAUUUACUGGAUUUCUGAAGAUGAGACUCAAGGACAAAAACGUGGAGAAGAAGGAAGUCGGAGAGAAGGAAGUCAAGGAGGCUGAUAAGUUGGUAUUUUACGGAAAGGUGAUUGAUUCAAAAGGAGAACCAAUUGUUACUUUGAAUCACAAGGGAAAAAUCGUUCCAAAGAAACGCCCUGGCCCAUUGAAUGAUGAUGAACCAGGAGUGAGUGAUGAAGCAAAAGAUGGAGGACAGAAACAAAAGGGUGCAGGGAAAAAGGUUCAAUGGGCAGAUCCUGAAUCUGUGGACAUCACAGACAAUUAA